GAGAAUUGGCACGGGCCUGCGGUGCAACGAACGACUUUUUUCGAAACGCAUUUAUUUCGGAAAAACAAGCAGGUGCUCGCCGUUUAUCACCGCAAUCAACAGGCCGUGUUUGUGUUUCGCGAAUUCGUCUAAUUAGACAACAUCACGGCCUCGGUUUGAAUUUGGCGCGCGUUGCGGACGUCGCGCAGGCGUACAAGCCCGGUCAAAUGUUGGGUUUAUCAAACGUUUGAUUCAAUUUCGACCGCAGGAAGUGCCUCAAUAACUGGGCUUUUUGCAAGUUUUCGGGAUAAUGGUAGAGUGCGAGAAGGAGGAAGCGCUAAAUUUGCAAAAGGAGUUCGAGUGGGUGCUGCACCAGGAGGUGCACAAGGGCCUCGACCAGAUCCACCAGAUCCUGACGGAGUGCGCAGGGAGGUUUCCUGUGCGGUUAUACGGUCAUGACAAUUCGAGUAAACAGGACAAGUUCGUGCUGUCUGUGCCCUCAGACCAGGUCAAAUGCGUCGUUACGCUGACCGGGGACAGCAUCACGCAUGCUGAUAUUACUUUUAAAGUCACUAGACAGACGAACACGACGAUGGUUCGCACAACCAUCCAGAAUGACUGUCCUUGGAAGCUGCAGCAGGUGCAGGAUGCGGCCAAUCACCUCCAACAGGCCAUAAAUCACAUUGACGAUGUGGGGAAAAAUUACAAGUUUAAGUCCUCGGACGAGGUCUUGCACGUGCUGGGGAACAUCUUGGGGAGCCUGCAAAGGGGGCGCACUAGUCUGAUCGUGCCCCGGAAGCGGGCCAUUGACGACCUGAUGCGGAGUCUAAAUAUGAAAUCGCUAAACCCCAAUUUGAGCGAAGAUCUGGCCAUUAGUUUUUACAUACAGAGCCAUAAAUUGAUUUUUGCGAUCUAUCAACUGACUAAUAGUCACGGGACCAUGAAAUAUGACUCCACACAUGCCGAAAGCUCGGUGCCGUGGCUUAACGAGGUGCUCGUGUUUUUCACAGUAGGCUUGCAGUUGUGCCAGCAACUUAAAGAUAAGAUCUGUGUCUUUUCCCAGUAUAAGGACUUUACCGUGGGCUCACGUCCGAGCAGUCCGAUUCAGACAUAAUCUCGUUUUUUCCUAGAUAAUGUUGAUAUUGUCAAUUGCAAAGUGUAUAUAGACGUCUUUGUUGACGUAAGGUGGAUCUAAUUUACAUUCUAGAGCGUUAUCAAUAAAUGUAUUUAUUUAUUAAUUUUUUUCUAUCGCGUCAUCAUGAAUUACUCAACUGGCCAUAGAGCAUGUCGCUUGUACAUUUUUAAAUAUGACUGUUUUGAGUGUAAUUUCUAGUUUUAUAAGACAAUAAUUCAAAGUUGCACUUUAAAAAUUUACACGUGUAUGUUUGUAACUGUUGAAGAAGCAAUAAAGUCUUGUUUCAUGUUCA